AACCAUACAACAGCGUCAGCUCAUCAAGGGCAUUGAUUCGAAGGACUUUGGGAUUAAAUUACUAGAAUCCACUUCUCCUGCUCCUAUUUCCCCACCUGAGUAAAAACCAUCACAUUUCUGUACAUUUUUCCACAUUGUUUUAAUUACCUAUUAAUUGUUUAUAUUUUUUUAUUAUAUUAUAUUGUUUUUUGCACGAAUUUCACUUUAUUGGCUUUUUUUUAAUUUCAACAAUUGGGUUUUUCUCUUCUACAUAUCGCUCUCCAUCAUUUCCAUUAAUCUUCACUCUGAUUAGGAAAUUUAAUCAUUUUUUUGGAGGUAAAUCAUCUUCUAUUAUUUUUUUAUAUAAUAAAGAAAGGUCUCUCUUUAAUUUCGUUCCUGAGGGCGUAUUAUGUAACUCUCCGAGUGCUGGGUUGCUGUACAGUUCUUAUGGGCCACCCAGCAUUCGGAGAGUUACAUAAAACGGGCCCUGGAUUUACUUUCUUUGUAAGCUUCUAAAGCGAUAACCAUACAACAGCGUCGCUAAAGAAAAAGCCGGGUUUCCUUGUGUUCUGUAUCCCCGGUGGACUUAGGAAAUAAGACUACUGUGAAUAUACUGUGCGUGCACCCACUGUGGAGUUACUGCAGGAAAUACGCACUCCACACCCUGCAGUAUUUGUGAACUCCACAGCCCACGUUACUGGGUUUGUACCAAUUCAAUCCUCCGCCAAAUGUUGGGUCCUCCAAGUAGGUAUUAAGUGAUAUUGACUUACCUUUUUUCUCUUUUUGCAAUCACGAUUUCACGAUUUCUGUUUUCCACAAUGGGCAAAGAACUCACAAAGAAGGAAGAAAAUUUUUCACAUUAACCGUUAAAAUAUCUCUACACGUAAAGUUCGCCCGCAUUUGCUUCUUUCGCCAAAAGUGCUAGAAUAUCAUUUGUCUUCAAAGAAAAACAACCAGUAACGUGCUUUUUAUACAUAGAGAUUCAAACUACUGAAAUUCAAAUGAUAACUUAUAAAAAAUCUUAUCAAUUUCCACUAAAUUGAUCUUCCACGCUUAAAUAAGAGGAACAAAUUGCAUUUUUUUCAGAACAAAUAAAAUUACAGAGAACUCUAUAAAUUCUUAUGUGAUCCUUUAAGAAAGAAAAAGCGGCUGUUUUGUAGCAUCACAGCAGUAAGAUUGAAGAUCUUUCCUGCAAGAAGUGCAAUGUUGAUUUCUUUAAGAUUCUUCAUUGCAUUGAUUUUCCUUCCAAUGUGUUGGCCCUUUGCAAUACGCAAGGAUCAUGUGAUCUUCGAUGGUGACAUGCUGAUGACCCCACAGAGAGCCAGUGAAAUUUACUUCCGCAGUGGUCGUGCUCAAGCUGAGUUCCUCUGGCCCAAUGGUGUCAUCAGCUUCAUCUUCGACAGUGGCUUCACAUCGAAUCAAACGCAAACCCUUCGUUCAGUUAUGGAGAAGAUUUCAGCGAAUACGUGCAUUAAAUUCAAGGAAAUUCUAGAGGAUCAAGCAUCACAGAUGAAGCAUGUGAAAAUUAAGGUUUCAACCUCCAUGAUUAAUUUAAAAUCUUUCAAUUUUUUUUUAACUGAAUUCUCUUCAAUUCUUUUUUCUUUCUUUCUUGUAGACCGGAGAAAUGGGAUGUUGGUCCUUUGUUGGAUUUCAGAAUGUUGAUGAGCAAAUUUUGAACUUCAACGAACGCUGUUUCGGCAAAAUUGGUGUCCUCUUCCACGAACUCCUCCACACAGUGGGGCUAUUUCACAUGCAAAACGACAAUACGCGCGAUGAAUACGUACAAAUUGUCUGGGACAACAUUAAAGACGAUAUGAAGCAGAACUUUGUCAAGUACGACACGACAAUCUCAUCCAAUUACGACGUUCCCUAUGACUAUGAAAGUGUCAUGCACUACGCCAAGAAAUCCUUCAGCAAGAACGGGAAGGAUACAAUUGUACCAUUGCAGCCGAAUAAUGCUGAAAUGGGUCAACGGUUGGGACCAACUGAAAAAGACUACGAAAGAGUACGAAAAAUGUACAAAUGUUCAUCGAGCACCAAUUCCUCGUAAGUUCUUAACAUUCUCUGGAUGCUUCAUAAAAAAAAAACUUUAGAGUUCUUUGUGUAAAAUGCAGAUUGCAAGAAAUGCCAUCGGGAGCUUCAAAUUUAACAUUUACGCAACGUCUGAGUCAAAAUACCCUCCUGACCCCUUUGACCAAGUUGGGGAGUGAUUUGAAGAUAUUUCUUGUUAAUGUUCUUGGAUGAUUUCUUAGUUAUAAGGAACUAGUAAACCCUAGCCCCCAAUCACGUGUGUGAAAACUCCAUUUUAAGCUAUGAAAAGUGGAGCGUAUAUUAGUAGGGGUGAUGAAUGUAUGGAGAAAAUGUAAAAAAUAGCUAAAAAAAAAAAGUAAUUCAAUGAUAUGGCAGAAAAAAAAAUUAUAAUAAAUGGCGUAAAUGGCAUAAAUGGCUCAAUGGCAUAAGUAUAAAAUGUGUGGCACUAUGGCAGAAUAUAAAUAUAUGGCAUAAUGGUAUCAAUAAUAUCAUCCAGUAUCAUGCGAUAUUAUAAAAACUUCACUUAUACUCCCACUGAUCUUAUUUUGCAAACGAAGUAUAUGGUUAAAAUAAAAUAAAAAAUACUUAAACUGUUCAUCUUAAUAUGUAUGUAAAGCAUUUUACAACUGAAGUAUAUAUUAAGAUGUAAAAA